AGAGAGAGAGAGAGAGAGAGAGAGAGAGAGAGAGAGAGAGAGAGAGAGAGAGAGAGAGAGAGAGAGUAAUAGACAGAGCUAUGGGGAGGAGGCGCAGACACUGAAGCUCUAACACGAGAGAAUGGAAGGGCAAUAACAGAGCGUUAAGGCUAGAGAAGGAGGGAGCGUGUGUUCGCUACAGCUCAGAGCCCAGACAGAGAGACACGGAUAACGAGAGAGAGAGAGAGAGAGAGAGAGAGAGAGAGAGAGAGAGAGAGAGAGAGAGAGAGAGAGAGAGAGAGAGAGAGAGAGAGAGAGAGAGAGAGAGAGAGAGAAAAAAAAGUCUACAAGCUCACAUCAACAAGAGAGCGUGCGAGCCACUGCUGACCACAGGCAACUCCGGAGAGUGACUCAGUGUGAGCGAGAGACAGCAAGACACACAGAAAGGGAGAGAGAGAGAGAGAGAGAGAGAGAGAGAGAGAGAGAGAGAGAGAGAGAGAGAGAGAGAGAGAGAGAGAGAGAGAGAGAGAGAGAGAGAGAGAGAGAGAGAGAGAGAGAGAGAGAGAGAGAGAGAGAGAGGAAGAAAAGAGGAAAAACCCAAGCAGGAGAAGGAGUGAAGAGCUCCGGCACAGCACAGAGACACACUGUCUUGUCUCGUGUGCGUGCGUGUGUGUGCGCCGGCCAACUUCAAUGUAACACUCGCCCGCUGUUCUUCUUAGCUUUUCACCUCUCGUCAUCUUCUCAACUAUGAUCCCCGUGGUGGUACUUCUGCUCCUAUGGAUCUCUGCCCAUGGGUCAGAGGCCAUGUUUUCCCAGCAGCCCCAGGACCUGGUGGUGGUGGCGGGCCAGCCAGUGACCCUUCCCUGCUCUAUCCCUGGUUACAACGGCGUUGUCCUCUGGAUCAAGGACGGCCUCGCCCUGGGCGUGGGCCGGGACCUUUCCGGCUACCCCCGCUACACGGUGAUUGGAGACCACAGUACAGGAGAGCAUCACCUGCGUAUCCAGCGCGUGGAGCUGAUGGACGACGCUAUAUUCGAGUGCCAGGCCAUCCAGGCCGCCAUGAGGUCCCGCCCUGCAAGGCUCACCGUGCUUGUGGCCCCUGAGGAUCCAGUGAUCAGUGGGGGUCCUGUGGUGAGCCUCAGAGCAGGCGAUCCACUCAACUUGACCUGCCACGCCGACAACGCCAAGCCGGCCGCCUCCAUCAUCUGGAUCCGGAACGGGGAGGUCCUGAACGGGGCCAUGUACUCCAAGGUAAGCAUUGAGACGUUGCUGCGGGACGGCAGGAGGGAGAGCACGGUGAGCACCCUGUACCUGUCCCCCACCAACAUGGAGACGGGCCAGCAGAUCAUCUGCAAGGCCUCCAACAAGGCCGUCCCCAACGGCAAGGAGACCAGUGUCACCAUCGACAUCCAACAUCUACCACUUGUCAAUCUUUCAGUGGAGCCGCAGCCAAUUCUGGAGGGCAACCUGGUGAAAUUCCACUGCUCAGCAAAGGCCAACCCUCCGGUCACCCUCUACCGGUGGGCGAAGGGGGGCAGCGUCAUCAAGGAGGUGUCCGGAGACACCUAUGAGGUCAUCGUGGACCACUCCUUCUUCACCGAGCCCGUCUCGUGUGAGGUGACCAACGCCCUCGGCAGCACCAACAUCAGCCGCAACGUCGACGUUUACUUUGGUCCCCGGAUGGCUGCUGAGCCCCAGUCGUUGCAGGUGGACCUGGCCUCCGAUGCGGUGUUCAACUGCGCAUGGACGGGCAACCCUUCCCUCACCAUUGUGUGGAUGAAAAGGGGCUCCGGCGUGGUUCUGAGCAAUGAGAACAUUCUGACACUCAAAGCAGUGAGACAAGAAGAUGCUGGGAAAUAUGUGUGCCGCGCUGUUGUUCCACGUGUGGGUGCGGGAGAGAAGGAGGUCUCCCUAACUGUCAACGGUCCUCCGACCAUCUCCAGUACCCAGACACAGCAGGCUCUGCACGGGGAGAAAGGACAGAUCAAAUGCUUCAUCCGGAGCACCCCACCGCCAGACCGCAUCGCCUGGUCCUGGAAGGAGACGGUGCUGGAGUCGGGCACGUCCGGCCGCUACACGGUGGAGACGGUCAGUACGGAGGAAGGGGUGAUCUCCACGCUCACCAUGAGCAACAUCGUGCCCGCCGACUUCCAGACCAUCUACAACUGCACGGCGUGGAACAGCUUCGGCUCCGACACGGAGAUCAUCCGGCUGAAGGAACAAGGUGGGAGCCAAGAGUCCCUGCCCGUGGCGGUGAUCAUCGGAGUAGCGGUCGGAGCGUUCGUGGCGUUCAUUGUCGUCAUGGGCACCGUCGGAGCGUUCUGCUGCACACGCUCACAGAGAAGUACGUUUGAAGAUGCGCACCUGGUGAUGCCCACUCUGCCUGUCUCCAUCUGUGCUCACCAGAGAGAACUUGCAAGCAAAAUUAAGACAGAAAAUCAUAAAGGGGCCGCGUCAGCCAAGAACGACAUCCGCGUGGAGAUCGUUCACAAAGACCACAACGCUGCUCGCGAGAGCGAGGACCACGCCUCCAUGAAGCAGCUGAUGGUGAGUGUGGAGCGAGGGGACUUCCAACAGGAGUCUGUGCUGAAACAGCUGGAGGUGCUGCAGGAGGAAGAGAAGGAGUAUCAACACAUCAAGGACCCCACCAACGGCUACUACAGCGUCAACACCUUCAAAGAGCACCACACCCCCACGGUUGCGGGCAACCCGCCGGCCGAGGCCUCCCGCAACCCCACCGGCGCCAGCACCCUGGGCAAGCAGCGGGUGCCCACGGGCAUGUCCUUCACCAACAUCUACUCCACCCUGGGCGCGGGCCCCAACCGCCUGUACGACUACAGCCAGCGCUUCGUGCUGGGCAUGGGCAGCAGCUCCAUCGAGCUGUGCGAGCGCGAGUUCCAGCGGGGCUCGCUGAGCGACUCCAGCUCCUUCCUCGACACGCAGUGCGACAGCAGCGUCAGCAGCUACAGCAAGCAGGACGGCUACGUGCAGUUCGACAAGGACAGCAAGGCGUCCGCCGCCUCCUCCUCCUCCCACUACUCCCAGUCCUCGUCCCAGAACUCGGACCUCACCAAGCCCCUGCAGAAGCGCAUGCAGACCCACGUUUGACCCGGUACACAACCACCCCCCCCCCCGCAAACCACCUCCGCCCUUCACUCCCCCCCAUCCUACCCCAACCGUAACACCCCACCCCCCAAGGGACGGUCGAGUAAGGAACGACUUACCUAUCGACCACGCAAUUCAACAGGGCCACCCGGGCUCCGUCAUACUAAGACUUUCUCAAUGAACACUGGUUUGUAAAUCGUGUUUUCUUGUGCCGCCAGAUACAAUAAUCUGGUCGCGGCUUUGAUUCACUUGUCGAUCAGACUUCUAAAUGACCCCCCCCCCCCCAAGCAGUGGAUCAAGAAGCCUUACACCCCCCCUUCAAAGUUUACUCAUUGACCGGGUCUCUUUUUCUUUCUCUUUUUUUGUCAACCCUCUUACGGGAAUUAGUGCCACUUGGAGGUUAAUUGCCAACUACACGGAGACAACAGAAAUGAGGGGAUUUCAAUACAGAGCCUAAUUGGAGAAUGGAGGAAAAGUCCUCUCAAGAGCGUGACAAUCAGGCCUUCUGGUUGAAGAAGUAUUGGGAGACUUAUUUGGGCGAUUGCCAUUGAAAAACGUGGAGAGUCUUGUCAAUGGGGGGAAGAGACACUCGUAGGAACGUGUGCAAACAUGAUGAGAUCCUUCGGCUGCUUUUCAAAACACAUGCUGAAUGUUGAAGUGUGUACAUUGUUAAACUGCCCCCCCCCCCUCCCGUUCUUAAAACAAUGGGGCUCCGCUCGACUGGCUUAUCAAACCUCAUCUCCUAAGUAGGUGGAAUAAGAUGAAACGUUCCACAUGUGCCCACAGACUUCCCAAACAAUUAUGAGGAUGCCUAUUUCCUCGGGCAUCUGGGGCCCCUCGGAAAAAGGCAGAUAGGAGCGACCGGGAUGUGGUAAUAAAUCCCGGAGUCAUCACUUAGCGUUUGCCGUCGCGAGAUAAAGGAAUAUCAGUGUGUGUUAUGCAUUUUCUCAUUUCCUCCCUCGCGUCCUAAUGUUUCCGAAGUUUGGGAUGUGAGUCAUUUGGGAGCAGCUUCAAAUGAGAAGUGUAAAUCGCUUUCUUUUCUCUUUUUUUUUUCUCCAACAACAAUCUCCUUGUGACUCGAGGGGUCUGACUACUUGACACUGUCACAGACUGUGGCAGUAGGAGGAAGACAGAGGACCCUUCCAUCUUUUUUCCCUCGAUAAUGAUGAGCUACAUCCUCCUUGUUGCUCCCAGAUCUUCUUGUGAUAGAAGGGCACAACUUCCUGCCCCCAGGGAAGGAGAACCCUGCCUACACGCACACACACACACACAGAAACACACACAGAGGCGAUGAAAAUGUGACGUCCCUUUACGAGGAAGUGGUUUUUCCUGUAUAUGUCGCAGAGCAUCACUCAUAUUCCGCAAGGGAACCGAAAUGUAAACAUUAUCGUUGAGCGGAGUUUGUUAUUGUGUGGCUAGUAAAACCACUGUUUACACUCUAUAUCUAUACCGUACUCUUUUCUACUAUUUUAUUUUUUUGUUAAUUUAACAGAAUUACAGAUGUUGGUGGCAUGAGUCUUUAAUGUGAACAUAGUUAUUUUCUUAUUUGUUUUGUACCAUCUUUACUUUACCAUCUCUUCAACUGACACUAUUUAUUUUAGUUGAGAGCAAGUGCACAUUAACUCAAUUACUAUACAAAAAAAGGUCUGAAUUGACUGUAAGUCUCUUUUGGAUUAUAGUGUCUGCUUAAUGGUUAAUGGCCUGAUUAAAGUGCACGUAUGUUACAGAAAUCCUCAUUUGAGAAUUUGCUCCAGAAUACUUUGAUACACUUUUAUAGGAGAGAGAGAGAGAGAGAGAGAGAGAGAGAGAGAGAGAGAGAGAGAGAGAGAGAGAGAGAGAGAGAGAGAGAGAGAGAGAGAGAGAGAUGUCCCUACAUUCAAAUGCAAGCUAUUGUUAUUGUACAUAUGACCUGUGUCUUGAGCUCAAGGUUGCUCCUCCAAGCACUAGGUGACCAGCCCUCGUUGGAUCAGGGUGACUCUUUGAGCGUCUAACAGAGUUUUUGUCUGCCCUCCAGCCAUGAUUGUAUCAUACUGUAUAUCAAUUGAUUCCAGCCAUCAUGAAAAAAGAAAACAUUUAAAAGCUAUUCAAAUGUCUGGAGACUUUCAAGAUCACGUCCAAUCCUGUUUUAUGGAAUCAAUUUGAACCGUACAUGAUUACAUUUUUGAAAACUGAAUAGAAUUUCCGGGAAAAAAACAUUGAAACGCAAUAUACAGUAAAAUUGCUCUUUAACGGUCAUUCACAGUGAUGUCAUUUCCUAUUCGUCGAUUCAUGGACGGCAAAACCAUUAUCCCAAUUCCAGAUAUCUUUUGUUUGUUUCUUGUUUUGUUAUUUUUCCAGUAAAAUUAGGUAGACUGAAGGGGAUGAGAGUUAAAUUCAGAUAAAGACAUCCUGGCUUUCAGCUUGUCAGAAUAAGGGCCGCGCCGUUUCCAUCAAAAGCUUGCUGAUUUUGCUGUAAGCACUUUACAUAUGAUUAUAUUCAAGGUAUUGGAAUGAGGUUUUCCACUUGAGUGGCAGUGGCUAGGACUCCAAUUUACAAGUGGAUUGGCAACCAUUGUACAGCUUAAGACAAAAAGCUCUGUUUCAAUGCUGAUAAUCCAGUUUGGCACUUAGCGCAUUGUAUAUAAAUCUCUAAAGCUGCCUCGUUCUGUAUAUAAUUUUCCAGCCAUCUUUUCCUUUUGUUCUCAGACGUUCACACUGUAUUAGAGCUGAACAAUUCCCUGCGGCAUCAAUAUUGUACAGACAAUCAUUUGGUCAUUUGAUUUUUUCUUUCUGUCCUAUUUUUUUUCUUUCUUACAAACCUAUACAGACUUCAGCUUGUUGUUUAAAAAAAUAUGUGACUUGUGUGAGCAAUUAUCAUAAUUCAACAUGCAGAACUGUGUGUCUUAUAGUUGAAAUGUGGAGGCAAUGGGUAUGAUAUGUUUAUUUUACUGUACAAAAUACAAAACAAAAUAAACACUAGCCAUACCAUGAUUUAGACGUGCAUAAGAGAUUGUGAUAAUAUGAUGUGUUUUUUCUUAAUCGCCAUUUUAGGCUUGAUUCAAAGUGGAGUUGCCGUUGGUCAGCAAGUGUCCUCAUAAACAUGUCCUCCAAUCCUAACUGUUUUAGUGGAGCCCAUACGAGUUCAGAUGGGGAAUGUACCAUGGAAUGGUUGUAGUUAUGUAAAUGGUAAGUAAGGGAGUGCUGAAAGACAUGGAACAUUUUCAGUAAAAAGUACCACAAAAUAAUAAUCUUCCACAUAGUAUUCAAAUCAACAAAGCUGGGCGGUCAGGACAUGUUCUUCAUCCACAGCAGUGGCUUAAGCAGAUACAAACGCAGCGCCUCCGUCACGCGAUACGUAAGGGUAAAAAAUGAUCUCCAAAAUAAUUGACUUUCUUCAAUGGCAUCUCGAAUCAAACAGAUGUUUCAACGGUCAAUAUUACUAAAUUAUUUUACAUGAAAGGAGGGGUUCAGGAAGCGUUCAGGUGCGUGGCCAGUCAGGGCGCGCCAUGCUGCCUUAAUAACUUGCCAUCUGAGGGGAGGAUAUACUGUAAUAUGUUGGCUAGCUAGCCAAAAUGUUUACCACUCCCACCUCCGACAACAACCUGAGUUUACCAUUAGGCUCUCCUUUACGUUCUUACAAAACGUCUACCCUGAUCCACAAAGUAUUGCAUUCCUCCCCUCCUCACCGCCACCCUGUCUCUCUCCCUCCCCCUCCCCCUCCCUCCCUCUUUCUCACCCUCAUGCUCUCAAACUCUCUUUCUCGCCGCUCAAAUUGAUGAAUACACACAACCAUACUCUGAACAAUUACACAAUAGGCCUAUGUGGUUCUGUCUCUUUUCUGGUACAAAAACAGAAAUUAGAAGAAAUGAGCAACAACAGCAAAACGUCUGUGUCCAUCCCAAAAGAAGGGGAUACAAGAAAAAAGGCUCAUAUUGUUUUGAAGUUGUUUGGUAAUGGUCCUCGGCUAUACGGGCAUCAGUGAUGAUGAACUCUCUACGCAAACAUCUUGCUUGGUUGAAUAAAAAAAUAAUUUAAUCAAUGAAUAGAAAGAAUUAUUGAUCAUAAAUCAUGCCAAACUUAACGACCGUCAAGGAGGGGGUCCAUGCCCGCUAAGGGUGGUUUACACGCAUCGCCAUGCUGGUUCCUCAUCACUGAUCCGCUACGGAGCGUGAUAAAAGCUGCAAAAUGUUUCAGAAAGUGCCAACUCCAACGUUCAUAGGAAAUUAUUACUAAUGCCGUCGAUUACCACAUACCUGUUUUCAGACACGUUUUUUCUUUUACUAAUUUCGUUCUCAUCUAAUUAGCAACAUUGAGAAUGCGUUGCUGAUGGGAAAAAAAUGUGUUAGGCGAAGAAAGCAACAGAACAGCAGAAAUAUCCCUAGCGAGUUCAGACCCAGAUGUAUUUGAGUCUUGUUAGUGUACUUGCUUUUGAUCGUAGGUUUGUCAGGAUCUGAACUGUUGAUAUAUUACACCCCUUAUAAUCCAACAGGUCAAAUAUUUUUCUUCUGAAUACUGUAUAUUCAAGCUCUGAGUAACUUAAUUUCCAUUUCAUUCAUACAACGUUAUCAAAAGAAUAACCAUUGUUUGCCUCAAUGUAAUGUACAUUUGUAAAUGAUAUUGGUUAAACCACUAUUUUCAGGCAGUGUCCCUCUCUAUGUAAGAAAAAGAAAAAAAAAUGCUGUAAUAUACCCGUAUUGGUUUGUGAAUCUAUGAUGCUUUUGCUCUGUAUAUUUGGAGAAUAAAAAAAUGGUUUGAAA